AUGGUGCAGCUUCUGGUGGCAAUCGGGCCGCUGAUGAGCUACACGGCCUCGUACCUCUGGUGCUUUCACCGGGAAGACACCCAGAUCUCCGAGAUGCUGGCUCCGCUGGCCUACAUCUCGAACGGGUUGGCCUUGGGUUGUAUGACAAUCUUCGUCCACGUCGAGGAGCAGGAAAACGGCGCGAUGGUGCCCUUCUCCUUCAGGGGUGUGCUGUACCUCGACGUCUUCGGAUGGCUUUCCCACAGGCAAGAUUCCGAAGGAUCCCCGAAGGAAGAGGCAGUCGCACUGCGCCAAGAGAUGUCGCCGUCUUCGAAGCUGCAGAGGGACAGCUUGAAGCCGGCUGCUUCCGCAGUGCAGUACGAUUGCUACGGGAACUCUCUGCCAUGCAAAGCAGCAGACAGCGGGAAGCCGGGAUCCCUCGAGGAUCUUCGGUACCUGCCUGGAGCACCACGUGCCUGGGACACCGUGAAUGCCAUCGAACCGCCAGCGAAGGAUUACCAGUGUUUCCAUACAGGGGAUGAGAAGGUCGUUGCCAUAUCCACAAAUCCUAGGGCCAUGAACGUACCUUUUCUGCCGCUGUUGCUCUCCAAGAGUGCGCGCCGGCGCCUUUUGGAUGAGAUGCAGCAGCAUGUCCUGGAGCAGUGCACCAAGGAUCCUGCUAUGCCCGAUGCACUGCAAAGCUUGAUCACGUCCCUGGUACGAGUUUUCUGGGCCGACAUGGUCGUUGAACUUGAGCUGGACGCGUCGUCGGGUAGGCGGCAGGAGGACGAUGAGGAGGAGUCGACAGGCAGCCUCCCACAGGGGCCGCUUGGCCGAGCCCUGUCUCCGUGGUUGGUCGCUUCCUCCCUGGCUGGCAGCCAGCAGCGAGAGGAAGAACUUGCCGCCGCUCCUGACAUAGCCACUGGAAUCUUGCAGGUGCUGGUGGUCGAGGCUCGCGACCUGGUGCCAGUACACGGGAUUGGGACGAACCCUUACGUGCGCGGACGACUUGGCCAGCAAGUCCGACGCAGCCGAACAGUCUGGAGCAACCUGAGACCAGCUUGGAAUUGUCUCAUGGAGUUCCCCGUGGUGUCAACCAGAGGUAACUUGGAGCUGGAGGUGAUGAGCCGGGCACCGCUCUUCGGUGGCGACACGCGGCUAGGCUACGUCUCCUUGAGCCUCGAUGACAUCACCUCCCCAGCGGCAGUUCUGACCGCUGGCCCGGGGGACUCGCAGCUGGCAUACCGAUGUGAGCCUCUUUUGGGUGCCCAGAAGGGGGAGCUGGUUCUCAUCAUGGAUUACAAGAAGCUGCAGGCGGUGCGGCGUCGCCUCUCCUGUGGUGCUUUUGGGAAUUCAUUGCUGCGUCGAGCGGCGCAGUUCAGGGCUUUCUUCCUGUACCACUAUUGGCCCUGUGACAAGUCUAUUUUCCAGAUGUACAUGCACGAGCCGAUCGACAUCUGCUUGUUGCUGCUGUCUUUGAGUCCCUUUGUCUUUGUGCGUGUGCUGUUCUAUACAGUGCUUCUUCUUUGUCUAUGCGUCCCAUGGCCUCCUGACGAGCAUCAAAUUGUUCAGUUCAUCCUUGCGUGCAAGGGAACUGCCAUCAUCUCGGAUGGUGCUGGGCGUGUCUUCUACGGCAUUUUCAUGUACUACCUUUGCGCCAGGGAGGGCACAUGCUCUUCGGGCGGGGCUCCGGGAACGGGCGUGAGCUUCACGUACGUGGCACUAGAUCUUUACCAGGAGGUGCUGGUUUGGGCGGUCUGCUUCCUAAUCCUGCCCCGGAGCUUGCCGUACUUGAACCGCGGAACCGGAGCAUCAGGUGGUGCCGGGGAUGCACAGAGGAACGUGCAGACAGAGGACGUGCAUCGAGGCGGUCGCAUGCAGGCACUGCUCCAGUACAACAUGCUCGUUUUUGCAAUAAGCUUCGCGAUCUUCCUAACACUGUCAGCUCGGGAUCUGAUGGCCUUCAGCUGGGACGGAAGAGGCUUGCUAGCGGCAGAAGCUUGGAGGUGGCGAGUUGCAGAGAACUUCUUCUGGGCUCGGGCGAUCUUUGGUCUAUGCAUGUGCCCCUUCCUCUUCUUGCUGCAUCCGCAGAUCAACAAGCUACUGACCCACAGCACCCCAACGGGUUACACCCGACUCGGAACGCUGAAGAGGCACAGACCUAUUUUGCGACCCAAAAGGCCGGCAAAGAGCGACACGGAAAUCCGGGAAGUCGUUCAGGCGCAGGAGGCGGUGGCGGAUUCUCCAAGCGCUUCUCCGAAGUCAGAGCAGGAGGCCUCGCUGGCUGUCAAGGCACCGGUCCAGGAGAAGCCAGAGGUUGUGGCCUGCGGCGCCGACAGAGCCGACCCGAUCGGGGACUUGCAGACGGUUGUUCGCCGCCUGCCUGGCGGAUCGCUCGCCUUAAAGGGUGGCAGCUUCUGCAUCUGGGCGACGGGUAGAGCAGCGAAAACGGCGGUGACCGUAGUCUCGCUGGAGAUACGCGUCGCCAGUGCAGCCGUGUCGCUGGGCUUGCGGGCAGCUGAUGCAGGGCGAACGACAGUGCUAGCAGUGGCACGUCGGGUUGUCCCGGGAAGCGACACGGCUGUUGUGCGUUUCGCACGGGCUCGUGCUGAAGGGGCCGAGCAAUUGGUGGUCGCGUUGGUGAGGUGCUGCGAUCGAGCUCUACAGGGACCAGUCGCCGUGGCGACUCGAAUCGCUGGUCACGUCCCUGGUGGCCGCACAGCUCUGUCCGUGCUUGGCAGCAUGUGUCGGCUGGGGGGAGGCUUGGUGCGAACCUGCUACCGCAUGGCAGCUGUCGUGGAGUCGCCCGGCGAGGUUGGGUCCAGCGGCGAGUGCGAGCAGCUCGCCGACUCUCCUCUCGGCAUUCAGGCUGGCUUGCCGACGAUCGAGCUCCUGCAAGCAGCAGGUGGCAGUGAACUCGUCGAGCUCAGCGAGAAGGCAGAGCUGGUGAAGCUCGAGGCAGCGGCGAGGCUUGCGGAGCUCCUAACACGUGCCGAGCGCCUUGCAGAGCGGGAGGUCGCCGAGGCCAGAGAAGCCUUGCAGCGGGUGCAGCCGGAGAUCAGCAAGAUCUCGCAAGCCCUCCGAGACAGGAGCCAAGGUUGGGCCUGGGAGCUCCAGCGUGCAAGAGGCACAUGUGAAAGCAUGUGCCGAUCCACGGUCGCGUGGACUUCGGACCUGGCGGGUCGGCUUCCUGUCGCUGGUCAGGUGCUCUUGGGCGCUUUCCGGCGGGAGCUGCAGGAGCUCCAGGAGCAAGGUCGUGCAGAAAGGACGCUCCUGCAGACCUUGGAGGCAUACUCCCGAGUGCUUUGCUCCUCUGCUUGUGAGGCGGUCCUGGAGCUUCGCCCCCAACAUGCACUGGCCACCACCCCCACAAGUCCUGCGUUUGGGAACGAACGUGGAGGGGGCGCCAGAUCACGCGGUGGCAGCCCACUUCCCACUCCGAAGGCUCCGCUUGACGACGGCGAAAAGAGGAGCUACAGCCUCCCCCGAAAGGCUCGCAGCGAGGAAGGCAUCGAUAUCAACAUCAUCGAAGUCUCACAUGGCAACACCGCGCCAAAGCUGCCAGAGGUGCGCCGCUCCGGGGUGUCCGUGCUCGGUGCGAUGCGGCGGCUGGCAUCACCGCGGCAAUGGGGCCGGGAAGCUUCCUCGAGAGCACCUUCAGAAGGAGCCAAAUCCUCGACAGAUGGACCUCUGAGGGCGGAGCUCUCUUGCGAGGUGCCGUCGAUCCCUAUCCACAAGCUCGAACUCGAUCGAGAACGUGAGAGGCGCAGACCAGGCUAUGUCCGAUCCGAACCGUGCUCGCCACCGACAGUGCAUUCAGGACCUGCAGAAGCACAAGGCCCACAAGGGAACAGGGCUUCACUUCGCCGUGACCAGCUCGGGAGACCACCGCGGCCUUCGGGCACUCCGCGAGUUGAUGCGGGGCCUGCAGCGGCAGCGGGGUGA